AUCCGUAAGCGUGGUUAAUUAUCCUUAUUCUUCAACCACGUGCACUCCCCUCAGUCUCGAUGGCCAGCACCGCAACUCACUGUCUCCAAUUCGCCGGCACCACCGAGUCGACUCGCCGGGGAAUUCUGAUAACAUGCAAAAAGAACAAGAAUGAGUCGGCAUUCAAGGAAACGAAGCAAGGCUUCGUUGACUACGACAGAGGACAGCAUGAAGUCUCCACCAAAGUCGCCGGCCUCCGCAAAGACGACAUCCGCGCCAGAUACCGCCUCCGAGUCGCCGGAAACCGCUUCCAGAAGGAUUGGACAGUGUCCAAGGUUGCCGACGUGGUUCUCUCCCUCUCUCUCCGCGACGACGUUGAGGGUGUCCUCAAUCGCUGGAUAGGUCGCUUCGCACGCAAGAAUUUCCCCUUUCUCAUCAAGGAGUUGACACAGAGAGGGACUAUUGAACACUGUAACGCUGUGUUCCAGUGGAUGAAGAACCAGAGGAAUUACUGUGCUCGCACUGAUAUUUACAACAUGAUGAUUAGGUUGCACGCUAGGCACAAUCGAACAGACCAGGCGCGUGGAUUGUUUUUCGAGAUGCAAGAAUGGAGGUGUAAACCUGAUGUUGAGACUUACAAUGCUCUUAUUAAUGCGCACGGUAGAGCUGGACAGUGGCGUUGGGCUAUCAAUAUCAUGGAUGACAUGCUGCGUGCAGCUAUUCCACCAAGUCGGUCAACUUAUAACAACAUGAUAAAUGCUUGUGGAUCUAGUGGAAAUUGGAAAGAAGCACUUAAUGUUUGCAAGAAAAUGACAGACAAUGGAGUUGGACCUGAUCUUGUUACUCACAAUAUUAUGUUAUCUGCAUUUAAAAGUGGGGCUCAGUAUUCAAAAGCUCUGUCUUAUUUUGAACUAAUGAAGGGAACUCAUAUUCGUCCUGACACAACUACACUUAAUAUCAUUAUCCAUUGUCUGGUGAAGCUUCGACAAUAUGACAAAGCCAUUGAUAUUUUUAAUUCCAUGAGAGAAAAGAGGUCAGAAUGUCACCCUGAUGUUGUAACGUUCACUAGUAUCAUUAACUUAUAUUCUAUGUGCGGGCAAGUUGAAAAUUGUGAGGCUGCAUUCAAUAUGAUGCUUGCAGAAGGGCUGAAGCCAAAUAUAGUCUCAUAUAAUGCACUAAUAGGUGCAUAUGCUGCUCAAGGGAUGGACAAUAAGGCACUUUUGGUUUUCCACGAGAUAAAACAAAAUGGUUUACGCCCAGAUAUUGUAUCAUAUACAUCUCUGCUUAAUGCUUAUGGAAGAUCACAAAAGCCCCUAAAAGCAAGGGAAGUAUUUGAAAAGAUAAAGGUAAACAAGUUGAAGCCAAACCUUGUCAGCUACAAUGCGCUGAUUGAUGCCUAUGGAUCUAAUGGUUUGCUGGCAGAAGCAAUUGAAAUAUUGCGGGAAAUGGAACAAGAUGGAAUUGAGCCAAACGUUGUCUCAAUAUGCACACUCUUGGCUGCCUGUGGUCGAUGCAGUCGGAAGGUGAAGGUUGAUACAGUGCUAACUGCAGCUAAGAUGCGAGGCAUUGAGUUGAACACAGUUGCAUACAAUUCAGCUAUAGGAAGUUAUAUGAAUGUAGGGGAAUAUGACAAAGCUAUAGCAUUGUAUAGAUCUAUGAGAAAGAAAAAAAUAAAACCUGAUUCUGUUACCUACACUGUGUUGAUAAGUGGUUGUUGUAAGAUGUCAAAAUAUGGUGAAGCCCAAUCUUUUAUAGAAGAAAUGAUGCAUCUAAAACUUCCUUUGUCAAAAGAGGUCUACUCAUCUGUCCUAUGUGCCUAUAGCAAACAGGGACAAAUCACAGAAGCAGAAUCUACAUUCAAUUUGAUGAAAUCAUCUGGUUGCUACCCUGAUGUGGUUACAUAUACUGCAAUGCUUGAUGCAUACAAUGUAGCUGAGAAUUGGGAGAAAGCAUAUGCACUCUUUGAAGAAAUGGAAGCAAAUGGCACCAAGCUAGAUACCAUUGCAUGUGCAGCUGUAAUGAGAGCUUUUAAUAAAGGUGGCCAACCAGGACGCGUCCUUAGUCUUGCAGAAAGUAUGAGAGAAAAAGAAAUUCCUUUCAGUGAUACCAUAUUUUUUGAAAUGGUAUCUGCCUGUAGCUUAUUACAAGAUUGGAGAACAUCUGUUGAUAUGAUCAAGCACAUAGAGCCCUCACUUCCUGCAAUUUCUUCUGGAUGUUUGAAUUUGUUCCUGCAUUCUUUAGGAAAAAGUGGAAAGAUUGAAACUAUGUUGAAGUUAUUCUUUAAAAUGUUGGCUUCGGGUGCUGACGUCAACUUCAAUACUUAUUCUAUCUUAUUGAAGAACCUUUUAUCGUCUGGAAAUUGGAGGAAAUAUUUGGAGGUCCUGCAAUGGAUGGAGGAUGCAGGAAUUCAUCCAUCAAAUGAAAUGUAUCAUGAUAUAUCCUCCUUUUCACAAAAAUGCUGUGGGGCAGAAAAUGCUGCUGUCAUAAAAGAAAGACUUGAAUCCUUGAAAAGAAAAUCUGGGGAUCAAAUUUCUGCAGGGGAACCAUGCGAAUCUCGUGUUCUUAGUUAGCUGUUAUCAUUGAAUGGCCUUUUUGGGCAAGUUUUAACACGCAGUUCCAAAGUGCUGUGGGAGCUACGCGUCUGAGACUUUGUCAAGUAGAAGUUACACCUCAAAUUACCUAUGAAAUCAUCCGCGAUUCCUGUAUAAGAUUUUUUUUUUUCGUUACACUAGCAAUUGUGUAAAUAAUCUCAUGUUUCCUUCCUGUGUAAUUAGUAAAGUUCAAAUUGUAAAUGUAUUCCCAAUUGGGAUGUAAAAUAAACAAUAUAUAUAUAUAACCCGAUCAGGUCAUGCCAUCAUUAUUUUAGCUUUAAAUAUCUUACACAAACUUUUUAGCUAUCAAAAUAGCCAGUUUGGUA